AUUCAUACAAUUUCACAUGAAAUUGGCCAUGCGUUAGGUUUCUUGCAUACUCACACUCGCGCAGAUCGCGAUCAGUAUAUUUGGAUUAAAUUUAGCAAUAUUCAGAACGGUUUAUCGUCAAAUUUUAUGCGUACAUCACAAGGAAAAAAUUAUAAUUAUGGACUUCCGUAUGAUUACGGCAGCGUAAUGCAUUACGGCAAAAAAGCAUUUACAGGUAGUGUUGAUUUAACACCCAUUCUCGAAUAUUUUAGAUUUACAAGUAAUAGCGGUUUAACUAUCGUUCCUCGGAUACCGUUAUACGAAGAUACGAUGGGUAGCGGUACCGGACCAUCAUUUAUCGAUCUUCUCAUGAUGAAUACACAUUACCGAUGCUUAGAAAUUUACUAA